CACGUGUUGCUGAGGCCUUCCAGUAUCUGUAUCUACUGAAUGAUCCCACGAAUUAUCCCAUGGGGCUUCUCCUCACUCCACUCUUGUCUUCACCUGCUAGCCAUCUCCAUUUGCUCUCAGCUUCAGCCAGCUUCUCUCUCAUUUCUUUCUUUUUCUUUUUUUCUUCUUUUUUAAAACAAGACAAAGCGCACAUGUUCUGAAUCUAGCUGUUGCUGGCUUCAUCUGUUCGCAUCUUGUGUUCCCUCUCCUCCAUUCCAUUGCGAUUUUCAGGUUCAUUGUAAUUUGUGGCUAUUAUGUCUUACAAUCACGUCUAUCCCAGAUGUUGCAUAGACACUCCUGACCCCAGCAAGUCAAACGACAAGCCUUCUGCUUCUGGGAGUUCUGGCCAAUUCAAGCUCUACCAAUUCUUCGUCUUCUGUGUGCCAAUCUUCUUCACUUUCAUCCUCAUCUUUGUCUUCUACUUGUUCUAUCUUCGCCCCCGACGUGUCAACUGGUCCUCUAUUCGAAUGAGAUCGGCUCCACAAAUUAGUGACACGAAUGUCGACAUUGCCACAGUUGAAUCGGGCUUGAAAAAAGAGCACAGGGAGAUGCUGCCCAUUGUUGUAUACAACGAAAGCUUCUUUGUCAGAGAUACACAAUGUGCGGUAUGCCUGGGGGACUAUCAAGCAGAUGAUAGGCUUCAACAAAUACCAGCCUGUGGCCACACAUUUCACAUUGAUUGCAUUGAUAGUUGGCUAUCCAUGCACACCACCUGUCCACUCUGCCGCUUAUCCCUCCUUUCCUGUCAUAAAUCUCAAAAUGGAUCACCUGAUGUAACACUAGAAUUGAGUCAUGCGUCUUCUGUUGCAGAGAAUGAUGUACCAUCUCUUGCACCGACACCUCAAGCUUGUGAAGAAACAGAAUCCUCACAGUUUUCUGGGUUAAGGAAUGGGGAACCAAGAACUGUCCAGAACUGUUCUGAAGAGGAUGCUAGAGAUUGUCAAUGUGCAGAUCACAUAAGAGAAUUAAGGGAUGCCAGAAUUGAAAAUGAAGAGCCUGAGCAUACUGGCAUGAUCCAGCAAGUGAAUCAUUACCACAAUGUUGCAUGCUUCUUUUUACAUGAGCAUCCAAGGAGAUCAAGUAGUUGCUCAUAAAAAGGAAUCGCUAAGAGCAGGCAAUUGGUCAAGUUUCUGUACUAAUAUAAAAUAAUACUAGCGACCUUUGGAUGUCUUCAGUUUCUUUGUAUGGUCUAAGAGCAAUCUUAGAUUGUUACUCAGCAAUCUGCAGAGUUUGUUAAGCUGAUUGAUCUGUAAUGUUAGCGGCUCAUGUAGAUGGGAAAGGCAGCAGCUGUUGUAUCGGCUUAGAAGUAAUAAGAAACCACGCAGGCUACCACGACACCAGAUGUAUUAUGUGUAUAUCAGCAAAAGUUAAGAAGAGCAGGUCCUUGAAUGGGCAUAAGGGAUUUGAUGGUAGUUAAAUUAGUCAGCAGAGAUUGUUAGUUAUAUUUGGGCAGACAUCUUUAUUUCAUGUCAGAUGUGU